AAAGGAGAUGGGGAUAUAGGGGUUGGAUUGGGAAAAGGUAUCGAGAGAGGGAAGCGUCCCGGACCACGGUGAUGAAAACAUAUUCCCUUGUGGGGGCCUAGCAUAUUCUCCUUCUUGUUCGCGGCCGUCGCGCUCUUCUCGCUCGCCGGUGGGCUGAAAGGUGAAGUCUCAGAAUUGUUGAAGAGGAGAAGUGUUCGAAAGGGAUCACACCUCAAACCUUCCCUGGAAAACUGCAAUUUUGGCAGCGUGUACCUUCAGAGAUCCCACUCAGGUCCCCUACUUUUUGUAUCCUUUUAGGUCCGGUAAAACACGCGCAGAGAUCGAGAUGACGAACUCCUCAGGAAAGAAGAGGCAGAAGAAAGAAGAGCGGAAGCAGAAGCAGAAGCAGAAGCAGAAGCAGCAGCAGCCGCAGCAGCAGCAGCAGCCGCAGCAGCAGCAGCAGCCGCAGCAGCAGCAGCAGCAGCAGCCGCAGCCGAGGUCGAAGCCGAAGCCGAAGCCGAAGCCGAAGCCGCAGCAGGAAAACCCUAACGUAGCGGAAGCCACGCGGGUUCAAAUAUCGGAACUGCUAGAAAAGUUCCGGGCAUCAAAAAAUGCAGUAUACGUAUUUGAGACCAACCUGACAAAUCGUGAACGUGCGGUGGUGCAUGAAGCAUGCAGGAAAAUGGGUAUGAGGUCAAAAAGUUCUGGGCGUGGGAAUCAGCGGCGUGUUUCAGUUUAUAAAACUAAGAAGAAGGUGGACACCAUGAAGGGGAAGGAAAGUCUUACUCGUGUAACAUUUUCAGAAGAGUCGAAAGAGGUUUUACGUAACUUAUUUACAUGUUAUCCACCUGAUGCUGGUGGAGUUGAACUUGAAAUUGGUAAACCUAAAGGUGAGGCUGAUAGAGUUCCAAGAAAGAGAGAUGAUAUUUUCAGCAAGCCUUUAAUGAGCAAGGUGGAAAUUAAAAAGAAGGUGCAAGCACUUGCUUCUAGGAUGGAGAAGACUUCAAAUUUGAGACAGAUUACUGAAGAGAGAUCUAGGCUUCCAAUUUCUUCCUUCAAGGAUGUCAUCACAUCAGCAAUUGAAUCUAAUCAGGUUGUGCUUAUAUCUGGUGAGACUGGCUGUGGGAAAACUACGCAGGUACCACAAUAUCUUCUCGAUUAUAUGUGGAGUAAGGGCGAGACAUGUAAAAUUAUAUGUACUCAGCCUCGACGUAUAUCAGCCACAUCAGUUGCUGAAAGAAUCUCUUACGAAAGAGGAGAGGAUAUUGGUGACAAUGUUGGAUACAAGAUACGGUUGGAGAGGAAAGGUGGGAGGAACUCAUCCAUUGUGUUUUGCACAAAUGGGGUUCUAUUAAGGGUGCUGGUUUCUAAGGGCUCUGGAACCUCAACAAAAGCUUCAAGUAAAUCUGCAAGUGCUAAUGUCUUUGAUAUAACCCACAUUGUUGUGGAUGAAAUACAUGAAAGGGAUUAUAAUUCUGAUUUCUUGCUAGCAAUUCUCAGAGAUAUGCUUUCUUCAUACCCUCAUUUACGUCUGAUACUGAUGAGUGCUACAAUUGAUGCUGAACGAUUUUCAAAAUAUUUUGGUGGCUGCCCUAUUAUCCGUGUUCCUGGGUUCACUUAUCCUGUCAAAACUUUCUACUUGGAGGAUGUUCUUACUAUCCUAAAAUCAGCCGAAGAUAAUCACCUUGAUUCUACUUCAAAUGUUCAAAGUGAGGUUGCUGAGCUAUCUGAGGAAUACCGAGUUGCAUUAGAUGAGGCUAUUGAUUUGGCUUGUACAAAUGAUGAAUUUGAUCCUCUCCUUGAUUUGAUUUCUUCUAAUGGAACACCAAAAGUUUUUAAUUACAAGCAUUCUUCAACUGGAGUAACGCCAUUAAUGGUGUUUGCUGGAAAAGGUAGAGUGGGUGAUGUUUGCAUGCUCCUCUCUUUUGGUGCUGACUGCCAUUCACUGGCCAAGGAUGGCACAACUGCACUAGAGUGGGCUGAACGAGAACAGCAGGGAGAAGCUGCUGAGUUAAUUAAAAAGCAUGUGGAAAAUGCCCUUCCUAACUCCAUGGAAGAACAAAUGUUACUUGAUAAAUACCUAGCAACCAUCAAUCCUCAACUUAUUGAUGUUGUUCUUAUAGAGCAGUUAUUAAGGAAAAUAUGUGUUGAUUCAAAGGAUGGAGCCGUCCUCGUAUUUCUUCCUGGAUGGGAUGACAUAAAUAAAACUCGCGAAAGAUUGCUGUCUACUCCUUUUUUUACAGAUGCUUCCAAGUUUGUGAUAAUAUCUCUUCACUCCAUGGUCCCAUCUGCAGAACAAAAGAAGGUUUUUAAGCAUCCAUCCCCUGGUUGCCGCAAAAUUAUUCUUUCAACCAACAUUGCUGAAACUGCGAUUACCAUUGAUGAUGUUGUUUAUGUUAUAGACAGCGGUUGGAUGAAAGAAAAAAGUUAUGACCCUUACAAUAAUGUGUCAACUCUUCAGUCUUCUUGGAUUUCAAAAGCAAGUGCUAAGCAGCGAGAGGGGCGUGCAGGCCGUUGUCGGCCCGGAAUCUGUUAUCAUCUUUAUUCCAAAAUACGAGCAGCAUCUCUGCCAGAUUUUGGAGUUCCUGAAAUGAAAAGAAUGCCGAUCGAGGGACUUUGUUUACAGAUAAAGUUGCUUGAUCAAAAUUGCAAAAUAGAAGCUUUCUUACAAAAGACAUUGGAUCCACCUGUUUUCAAAACAAUACAUAAUGCAAUUAUUGUUCUUCAAGAUAUUGGGGCAUUGUCACUUGAUGAAAAUCUGACAGAACUUGGGGAGAAGCUAGGUUCCCUGCCUGUUAAUCCUCUAACGAGCAAGCUGCUUUUCUUUGCCAUUUUGCUGAAUUGCCUUGGCCCAGCUCUGACUUUUGCAUGUGCCUCCGAAUACCGAGAUCCAUUUUCCCUUCCUAUGUUGCCCGAUGAAAAGAAGAAAGCUGCAGCUGCUAAAGCUGAGCUUGCUUCAUUGUAUGGUGGUCAUAGUGAUCAGCUAGCUGUCAUAGCAGCAUUUGACUGCUGGAAAAAAGCCAAGGAAAGAGGGGAAGCAGCUCGUUUUUGCUCUCAGUACUUCAUCUCAUCAAGGACAAUGAAUAUGCUUUCUCGUAUGCGUAACCAGCUCCAGGAUGAACUAAUCCGGAAGGGUUUCAUUCCAGAAGAUGUGUCAAGUUGUAGCCUUAAUGCAAAGGACCCUGGUAUCCUCCAUGCAGUUCUUGUGGCUGGUUUGUAUCCAAUGGUAGGGAGAUUGCUUCCGCCUUACAAAAAUGGUAGACGGUGGCUUGUACAGACUGCCAGUGGUGACAAAGCCCGGUUGCACUCUCAGUCCAUUAAUUUCAAUCUAUCAUUUAAAAAGUCUGAUGAUCAGCCAUUGCUUACAUAUGAUGAGAUAACCCGUGGGGAAUAUGGCUUGCACAUAAGGAGCUCCACUGUUGUUGGGCCGCUUCCUCUAUUAUUGCUUGCGAGAGAAAUAGUUGUGGCACCUGCACAUCAUAAUGAUGAUGAGGCUGGGGAUGAUGAUGAGAGUGAUGAUGAAUGUACUAGUGAAAAUGACACUGAAGAUUAUGAAACAUUGAAUAAUAAGUCAGGUAGAGGGAAUUUUAUGUCUUCCCCUGAUAAUGCAGUUAUGGUGGUUGUUGAUCAAUGGCUUUCUUUUGAGUCAACAGCACUUGAAAUCGCUCAGAUUUACUGCUUAAGAGAGCGUUUAUCUGCAGCAAUUCAGUUCAAAGUAAAAUAUCCUUGGGAAGUUAUUCCUCCAGUUCUUGGGGCUUCUAUAUUUGCAAUAGCCUGCAUACUGUCUUAUGAUGGGCUUUCUGGGAUUUCUUUGCCGUUGGAAUCUGUUGAUUCACUGACUUCAAUGGUAAAUGCUACUGAGAUUGACAAGUCUGCACCGGGUAGGAGAGAGAGAGGGCAGAAUUUGAAUGAUUUUCUUAAAUCACUAAUGGGGAAUGAUGUAUGCCAUAACCCUCAUUAUCACAGUGCGUCUCCUGAUUUCAGGGCGAAGCAAGGUUGGAAUGGGGUGUCAAGCUGCAAUGCACAGCCCUUUUGUACCUCAGCAGGCACAAGCGCCCAUCAGAGAUCUCAAUCCCUACUUAGCAGUGAUGUGUGCAAUAGUAAUUGGAGUAGUGUGUCGAGCAUCAAUUUGCACUCCACUUGUACUUCAACAGGCGUGCACACAUUUCAGGGACCUCAAUCAGUAAUGGGGCAUGAUGUGCACCAUAACUCUCAUUAUCAAAGAAGUAUGUCCACUGAAAUUCACGCACAGAAAAAUUCAACGAGUCCAUCAAGCUGCAAUUUGCAGCCUCCUUGUACUACAGCAGGCAAGAAGAAGACAAGCAGAAGGACUAAAUCACAAAGUCCAAGUUUGGCAGGGUAUGGUUUGGGUACUUAUGGACCAUAUGGUCCUAGAGGGGAUUCCUUCAAGCGGCAGCGCGGGAAUGGGUCUGGAUAGUUUGAUAAUGAUAGGUAAUAUAACAUUUUUUAGGGGAUGAGUGGGAGGUGGAGAUUGAGCUUAAGAUCUCAGUUGUAACUUAACACUUUCCUAUUAGGCAGUGAUGGAUCUGUAGUCUACAAAAUGCCAGUUUUAUUAAUGUUUUUGCAACACCUACUCCAUGGUGACCCAUGUGAGAGAUGAUGCAAGCUUGGUUAUUUUUGGGAACUUCUACAGGUGAAAAUGCUGUUGUCAACCUUUCUGCACUCGAGGUUAAUCAGUAGCGCCAAUAUGCACUGCUUACUGAGGUCUGAAGUUGUGUUCCCGCUGGCGGAUGAAACCACACUUCCUUUCUAAUGGUGGUGUUGCAUCUCCCUUGAUGAUCGAAGUGUCCAAGUUAUACAGUUGCAAAGCUGGUCGUAGGACCCAAAACAGAGCAACUGCUGUAGAGUUCCAUUUGAUGGUGAUAAUUGGAAGUUCUAAUCCUGGAAUAUUUCCAUUGCAGGGAUGGUUUGCUAAGUCAUGCAAGUGACAUUUUUGACAUGGAUAAAUGAAAGUCCGAUAACCAAAUUUGCGUUUCCUGGGACUAAUGCUGGACAGAUUAUGUUAAUGGCUUAGGGCUAUCAAUGGGGAGACCAUUAUUUAAAGUCCAACCCAUUGAGUCUGAUUAAACCUAGAUCAUGUAAUUCUUUUACAUUGCGUAGGAAAAUGUUACUAAAAUUAUAAUUUAAGAAUCUGUUUUUUAUUAUUAUUAUUUUUAAUAUAUUAAUUAGAGGAAUAAUUUAUUU